GGCGUGCCCCGCGCCGGCGCUGGCUGUCUCUGGCCACGUCCCCGGGCCACGUCGCUCGGUGCCCGCUGCGCGCUCGCCAUCUUCGCCUCGGUCCCCGGCCCCUCUCCCGCCGCCAUGAACGUCUUCCGCCUCACCGGGGACCUCUCCCACCUGGCGGCCAUCAUCAUCCUGCUGCUGAAGAUCUGGAAGACCCGCUCGUGCGCCGGUAUAUCUGGAAAAAGUCAGCUUCUGUUUGCACUGGUCUUUACUACGCGCUACCUGGACCUCUUCACGUCGUUCAUUUCACUUUAUAACACUUCCAUGAAGCUCAUCUACGUUGCCUGCUCAUACGCUACAGUCUACCUGAUCUAUAUGAAAUUCAAGGCGACCUACGAUGGGAAUCACGAUACCUUUAGAAUUGAGUUUCUUGUGGUGCCCGUCGGCGGACUGUCUUUCCUUGUCAAUCAUGAUUUCUCUCCUCUGGAGAUCUUGUGGACUUUCUCCAUCUACUUGGAGUCGGUUGCGAUUCUUCCCCAACUUUUUAUGAUCAGCAAAACUGGGGAAGCUGAGACCAUCACUACUCACUAUCUCUUCUUCCUGGGCCUCUACCGUGCCUUGUAUCUCAUCAACUGGAUUUGGCGCUACUAUUUUGAGGGGUUUUUUGACCUCAUAGCCGUGGUGGCUGGGGUGGUGCAGACCAUUCUGUACUGUGACUUCUUCUAUCUGUAUGUUACGAAAGUACUCAAAGGGAAGAAGCUGAGUUUGCCAGCGUAAAGUGCCAAGGGUGGUCAUCCUGGAUGCGUAGAGAGAACAAUCCUGACCGUCAAGAGGUUGAAAAUGCUCGAACAGAUGGCUUCCUGCCCUCGUCUUGCAGAGAGUCCCCCCCAAAUGGGGCUCUGUAGGACCAGAGACCCAGCUGACUUCUGUUUGACGCAUCUCGCCUUAUCCCCCCCCCUUCUUUUUUUAUUACUAUGUAUAAAGAUUUUUUACACGAGCGAAACUUAAUACCAUGUGGAUUUAAUUCAGCGUGUAGUUUCAAAUUGGAGUAGUUCCAAAAAUAAAUAAAAAAAACGCUGAGGUUUUUUUGGGGGUGGGGUGGGGGGAUGUCCUUGGGGAUCAGGAAUAAGCGCAGAACACUUAUUUCCAAACAACUGUCCUGUCAAUUGCUGAGUUAUUUUGGCACACACAGGAUUGGGCUUGAUUGAAGGAUGGUAACUCCCUUGUUCCCUGUUUGAUUUCAAAUUUCAUUCCACUGUAUUUAUUUUCCUCUGUUCCCUGUUUUAUGUCGGCUGAAAUCUUAACUACCGUUGUCGGAAAACUCUUUGUGGGAAAAGGGUCACGGUUUCAUCCAUGUCUCCAAUUACUCAUUUUGCUUCCCCCCCCUUCACGAAAGAUGCUUCCGUAGCAUCUGUUAAUAAAUUAACUCCCCUCUAUUUCCGUUCACCUCUUAAAGACACGAGUUAAGACUUAUCUGGUCCCGAUGCAUUUUCCCCUCUCUCCCAAUGUAAUGGUUUCGCGGCAGUCAUUCCUGUUUGCAUGCGCCCCGUUCAGACUAAAAUUAUUCUGUAAUUUUUGGAGGGGUGUGUGUGUGCGCGUUUCUAAACCGUUUUUUAUUGACAGAAGUGUUCAUGCCAGCCCUGCGAAUCAUCGUCCAGUGGAAGCCAUCCAUAAGUGGCAAUUUUUAACGGCGUCUCCAACUUUUUAAUACAGAAUCCUUUUAGAAGUAAAAGCGUCUUUGUUUAGCUUUUAGAUGUGCCAGUUUUUGGACGAUCAAUUGUCCCUUUUAUAGACUUGUUCCUGAAUUGGCCGCAUCGAGUCCUGUUCUCUAGCUUUCAUUUUUUUACUGAGCUGUUGCAUGAUUUCUCCUGUGUUACCAUCCUCAAUAAACAUUUUACGAAGUG